UGGGAAGUGGUGCUCGCCCGCGAGUGCACGGGCGCGCACACCCAUCAGUGGGAAGGGCUCUGAUUCCACGCAAACCCUGUUGCCUUAACAACCGGUUGCAGAGCCCCUUUGGUGAUGGCCUCUAAUUUUAAGAAGACAAACGCGACAUCCAGGGGCCAGAGAAAAAGGAUGAGCCCUAAGCCUGAAUUUACUGAAGAACAGAAACAGGAAAUCCGGGAAGCUUUUGAUCUCUUUGAUGCUGAUGGAACUGGAACUAUAGACAUCAAGGAACUAAAAGUGGCAAUGAGGGCCCUGGGCUUUGAACCCAAGAAAGAAGAAAUCAAGAAAAUGAUAAGUGAAGCUGAUAAGGAAGGAACAGGAAAAAUGAGCUUCAGUGACUUUUUGACAGUAAUGACUCAGAAAAUGUCUGAGAAAGACACCAAAGAAGAAAUCCUGAAAGCUUUCAAGCUCUUUGAUGAUGAUGAAACUGGAAAAAUAUCCCUUAAAAAUCUGAAGCGUGUGGCCAAGGAGCUAGGCGAGAACUUGACUGAUGAGGAGCUGCAGGAAAUGAUUGAUGAAGCAGAUCGAGAUGGAGAUGGAGAGGUCAAUGAGCAAGAGUUCCUGCGCGUCAUGAAGAAGACCAGUCUCUAUUAAGAUCAGUGUUGCUUUUCUACUGCAAGCACGUGUGACUAGAUUUAGUGCCUCCCAUUUUGUGAAAUAUGGCUUUUGGAUAGCCUCCCCCCAACCUCUGUGGUCAUUUUAGCCAUGACCUUGAAUCUAGUUUUGACCUUUGAAGUGUUCUUUGAUAUUAAGUUCUUUGUCCAUUUCAACAUGGCUAUUUCAACAGGGCAGAACAAGAGCACAAAGAGUGGGGAAAAGAGUCUGAAAGUGUGACCCUCCAUCUGCCAUUACUUCAUAUUGCUCAUGCAUUUCCAUAUAGCUACAAACACACAAUGGCUUCCUAGAUGUCCAGGAAUCCAUGUCACCAUAAGCAGUGGUCCUAAAGUGGUUUUGGUUUUUAGUCAGCACCAGAGUACAGGUUUUGUUUGUUUGUUUGUUUCUUAUAAAAUCAAUGAAUGCUUGUUGUUGCCUUUGAAUGACAGUUAGUUAAUGCCUUUGUUUUGUCUUAAAAAAAUAAAACCUUUCUUAAUUUAACCUUU